UGAUGAUAGUUGGGCUUCGCGAUACCAGAUGUCAGUGGCGGAUGUUAUUUUCAAAUUUUUGUACGUGCGCAGUGUGCGAGCAGCGGCAAAUGGAAAUCAAUAAUUCGAGGUGGCGAGGAGUAUUUUGUUUUGUCCGUGGGUGUCUUUGGCGAUAGAGCGAAUUUAACCUCUCUCCGAAAGUCUGCGAGAUGACAUUAGAAGUUUGAGGUACCUGAAUCCGAAUCAUCUGUACAUAAAGAACAGCAGGUGGAGUGGAAGAGAUGGAGGUUGCCGAUGGUAAUGCAGCUUCUGCAGGAACUUUGAAUCCUCCGAAGAGCGCGACGAGGAGCGUGAACAAUGAGUCGGUGCAGGUGAUCGUCCGAUGCAGACCGAUCAACCAGAAGGAAGAGGCGGCCGAUUGCAGCACCGUCGUAAAUGUGUACGCGCAGAGAGGAGUGAUCGAGGUUGAACAUCCGAAAUCGAAAAGCGAGAGCAAGAUCUUCACGUACGACGGCGUUUACGAUUGGAACUCUUCGCAGCAGAGCAUCUACGAUGAGACGAUCAUGCCGCUCGUGUCCUCGGUGCUGGAGGGUUACAACGGGUGCGUUUUCGCGUACGGACAAACUGGAACGGGAAAGACGUUCACGAUGGAGGGCGGCGGCAACAGCGAGGAAAGUAAAGGAGUCAUACCUAGAGUGUUCGAUCAGAUUUGGGCGCACAUCGAUCGAACCACCGGCACCGAAUUCCUCGUUAGCGUCAGAUACCUGGAGAUCUACAUGGAGGACAUCCGCGAUCUGCUCAAGUCGAAGAACUCGAAACCGCUGGAGCUACGCGAGAUGUCCGGGCAGGGAGUGUUCGUCUCGCAUCUACACUCACAGACGUGCCAGAGCGCUCACGAUAUGUUGAAAGCGAUGAAGGUGGGUAACCACAAUAGGACGACAGGCGCCACCAACAUGAACGAGCACAGCUCCAGGUCUCACGCGAUCUUCCAGAUCUCGAUAGAGAUGGCUAAAGGCGACACGAAGAGCGUCAAAGUGGGUAAACUUAAUUUGAUCGAUCUGGCAGGAAGCGAACGGCAAGCAAAGACCGGAGCGACGGGAAACCGUCUGAAGGAGGCCACCAAGAUCAACAAGAGUCUAUCCGCUCUGGGCAACGUGAUCUACGCGCUAGCAGAGAACUCCUCGCACAUUCCAUACAGAGAUUCGAAGUUGACGAGACUUCUGCAGGAUUCGCUCGGCGGCAACAGCAAAACAAUAAUGAUCGCGAACAUCGGCCCGGCCAGCGACAAUUACGACGAGACGAUCAUCACGUUGCGAUACGCUUACCGCGCCAAAUCGAUCAAGAAUCAACCGGUGAAGAACGAGGACUGCAAGGACGCCAAACUGCUCGACCUGCAGAGCGAGAUCGAACGGUUACGCGAACUGAUCAUGGUGAAGAGCAACGGGAAAUUCGAUCCGGAUGCAACCCUGAGCGUCGACGACAUCGAUGCCGAUGCGGCCGGAUCCUCCUCGGACAGCGAGGCAGGCGAAACGGAGAAGCGCGAACGCGAAAAGAAAAUCGCCGAAGGAAAGAUGGAAAUAGACGAACUGAGCAAAAAGUUGCGAACUCUCGAAAAGCAGAUGGUGCACGGUGGCAAGAACAUCGUGGACAGCGUCAACGAGAACGAGAUCCAGCUGGAGAAACAAAAGUCUGAGAUUGCGGCGCGAAAGAAGCGCGAGGUCGAGAUGCAGCAGCAGCUGGAGCUGGAGGAGGAAUCGUGCAUGGAGCUGAAGCAGGUCUUCCAGACGCUGCAGCAGGAGGUGGACUUCAAAAGGGAGAAGUUGAAGCGGUUGCACGGCAAACUGCAGUCCGUCAAGCAGGAGGUCAAAGAUAACCACGAGAACUACCUGAAGGAGCGGCAGGAUCUGACAGAGGCCAGCGACGAUGCCACGAUGCACCUCCGGCAGACUCUGCUCAUUCUAGAGAAUUUCGUGCCAUCGGAGGAACGUUCGAAGCUGCUGAAUUUGGCGCAGUUCAACGAGGACACCGACAAUUGGAUCUUGAAGAAGGAGAAACGCUGGUUCAAUCCGGCGGAAAGGCCUCUGGCGCACGACUACCGUCGUCCCAUCUCAGAUUACACGAUCGCCCACGCGAUCCCGUCGACCGGAGUGCGGUAUCGCGCCGAGAACAUCCUCGACCUGAAGCUCGAUCUUCCUCUACGCACGACGCAGGAAUACACUAGACCCACCGUCUGUCCGCAGGUCAAGGCCGCCGUGAAGAACGUCAUCCGGCAGGACGCAGAGAACAACAGGAUCGUCGUGAAAUUAGCGCCGCACGGCUUCACCGGACGCGGCAUCUCCAAGACGGAAUUAGAGGGACGCUACAAUAAGGCCGCAAGAAAUAUGGUCGAAGUUAACAAAGUUAAACAAUUACCCAAAUCAGCAAAACCCGUCUACUAAACCGAACCAACCUUAAUACAAAUAUAUAACACGCAAACAAACGUUCGCUUUGCUAAACGAUGUAACACAAUCGGACGACUUAUACCAAAGAUACAUAAUAUAUAUAUUUAUUUAUAAUUACAAUUUUAAGUACACUCACACAUACACACUAGGUCAGUCCCUCACGGCAAAACGAUGUUUGUUUGCUUUUUUGGUGUGUGGGGGGCGGGGAGGAGGAGGUGCUUGCAUUUCGACCGAAGGCUUUGGCGGAAACGCACGAUUUUCCGUGGCACAAAAACCGCUUCGACGAACGGACGGGACAGUAUUAUUUAUAUAUAUAUAUAAUUCGCAGCUAGUCAAAUCGUAUCUCUUCUUAAUUUAUUUUUGUACUUAAAAAAAAAACAGGAUGAAACAUGGGUGUGUUGGUGUAGCAGUUAGCUAUUAAUUAACGAUCGCGGCGGAGACACGAUGUGGUUUCUUUUAUAUUUAAAUAGAGAUCGAUAAUCGAAUUGGCGAUAAUUGCAUUUCCGUUGCAUUUGAUGUGUUUCUGUGUUUUGUAGACUUAAUAGAUCCUACGUCAAGGAAUCAUCAUCGUCGUCACCACCACCACCAUCAUCAUCAUGCAUGGACGACUUUUCGAUUCCCUACACGCCCACCGAACGCGAUCGCAGGUGGCUACCGUAGUAGCAAUAGUACUCGUGUAACGCAUUAGUGCCAUAUCUUCAAACUUUUGUUUUUUUUUUCUUCUUUUGUUUUGUUUUCUCUGUACAAUGAAUCUUUCAUGAAACAAAAUAUAUCCGAGUUCCUUUAUUAUUUACAAUUUUCGUUUUUUUUUUGAUCAUUCAUUUAUUUUUACCGUUUCCAUAGAAAUAACCAGCUUACUACGCUGAAUCGUAACGAUUGUUAUAGAAAUUGCGUCCAUCGACAAUAAUAUAUAUAUAUAUGGAAAUGUAAUAACGAUUGGAAAAUUUUCAAGAAGAUGAAAAUAAAACG